AUAUCAGCUUAAAGGACCGUGCUGAAGACUGCAUACCAGGACAGGCGUAUAAAUAUUUCUGAUCCAGGAGCGGAGCGGGUGAGGAGAGAGAACUUUCCAAAAGUUUCACGCUGAGGGAAACUUACUGAGGAUUCAUCGCUGAUCCAGAGGAGAAGCCACGAAGAUAAAAAUGCCAGGUGAGCGGUUGACAGUACGAGGCACAGCAGAUGUGGGGCGUUUCCCCGGAGCUUCACCCCCCACCAGGGUGGAGCUGAGCAUCCACAAGGAUGGGGAUAAGGACCAGAAUGAGGGGGGCUGUCGCAGCUGGUUCAGGAAGAUGUGUCCAUGUUGCUGUAAGCGCCAGAACAGCACCUCCUAUGAUGUAACUGAUCUGGUCAAAGUCCCAACCCCGACUCCAUCCCCAGUUGUGGCACCAGAGCCCACCAAGCCCAAGCCUGAGAAUGGAGAAGCAAAGGAGAUGGAAGAGAUGAAGCUGCUGGUGCGUUCUGUGGACCUGCUGAGCUCCAAGAAGGGCCAGAACAGACUGGAGCACCACACCGACCUGUUCCAGGGGGACAAUAUGAUCAUCCGUAGAGGACAGACGUUCCAGAUGGAGCUGGAGCUAAAUAGACCCUUCAAUUCGGACACUCACAAAAUGCAUCUGGAUCUGAGAACAGGUCCCCUGCCCAUGGUGUCCAAAGGCACCCAUGUUAUCAUUCCCCUGGUGGAUCACCUGGAGGAUGAACGCUGGGAGGCCAAGAUUGUCGAGCAUAAUGGCAACAAGAUCAAGCUGUCCGUCAACUCACCGGCCACUGCUGUGACUGGCUUGUACGGGCUCACUGUGACAACCAGCUCCACAAAGGGCGAAGCAACAACUACUUACAACUCCGACAAGAACAUCGUCAUUCUCUUCAACCCUUGGUGUGAAGAGGACACAGUGUUCAUGGAUAACGAGGAGGAGAGGAAGGAGUAUGUUCUGAAUGACAUCGGGAGGCUGUUCUACGGCACAGAGAAACAAAUAGGUGCCCGCACAUGGAACUAUGGGCAGUUUCAUGAGGGGAUCCUGGAAGCGUGUCUGUUUAUCUUGGAGAAGAGUGACAUGCCUGCAUCUGGCCGAGGGGAUCCUGUCAAUGUGGUUAGAGUCAUAUCUGCGAUGAUAAACGCUCAGGAUGACUUUGGGGUCCUGGUGGGGAACUGGUCUGGGAAUUACGCUGAUGGAGUCUCUCCGGCAGCGUGGAGCAGCAGCGUAGAGAUCUUGAGGAAAUACCACGCCACCGAUGCGACGCCUGUGUCAUACGGACAGUGCUGGGUCUUCUCUGGGAUCACCACAACAGUGUUGCGUUGUCUUGGUAUACCUGCCCGCAGUGUGACCAACUUCCAGUCUGCUCAUGAUACUGAUGUGUCUCUCACCACUGAUGUUUAUUUCGAUGAGGCAAUGGAGCCAAUCGACUACCUCAAUAGCGACUCUGUCUGGAAUUUCCACGUAUGGAAUGACUGCUGGAUGGCGAGACCAGACCUGCCUCCUGGCCACGGAGGCUGGCAGGCUGUCGACUCGACUCCCCAGGAAACUAGCCAGGGCACCUUCCGCUGCGGCCCUGCCUCUGUCAAUGCCAUCCGCUCUGGCCAGGUCUACCUCAAACACGACACGCCAUUCGUCUUUGCUGAGGUCAACAGUGACAAGAUCUACUGGCAGAGGAACCUGGACUCUACUUUCAGUCAGAUCCACAGUGAGAAGAAGGCUGUGGGCCACUGCAUCAGCACUAAAGCAGUGGGCUCAGAUGAGCGGGCAGAUAUCACACACCUGUACAAACACCAUGAAGGUUCAGAAGAGGAACGCAUCGCUGUGGAGACUGCCAGUCGUUUUGGCAGCAAGCCAGAUGUCUACUCCUCACCCAUGGCAGAGGAUGUGAGCGUGGAGGUGAAGAUGGAGGGUGAGGGACCCAAGAUGGGUGCUGACGCCAAGCUGAAGAUCCUGGUGAAGAACCUGAGCUCACAGCCUCGUCGUACUACUCUGCACAGCCAAGUGGCCGUCAUGUACUACACUGGCGUGCUGAAGGGCACCAUCAAGAAGGAGCAGAUGCCGGUGGAGCUGGCACCCCAUGAAGAAAAGAUCAUUGAAUGGUUGCUGCCCUACCAACAGUACCAAAACCAACUGGUGGAUCAAGCUGCACUGAUGCUGACCCUGUCUGGCAGAGUCUCUGAGACCCAGCAAGUAUUAGCCAACCAGACCACCUUCAGGCUCCGCACACCUGACCUCAACAUCACACCUUUGGGAGACGCUGUGGUUGGUAAAGAGAUGGCAGCCAAGAUUACCUUCACCAACCCCCUGCCUCGUUUGCUGAAAGGGGUUAUAUUCAGAGUGGAGGGCCUGGGUCUGCAGAAAGGCCAUGAAGUAGUUGUCGGCGACGUCGGCGGUCUCUCCACCGUGACAUUGACAGAGCACUUCAUCCCCUCCCAGCCCGGGCCCAGGAAGCUGGUGGCGUCUCUUGACUGUAAACAGCUGACUCAAGUGCACGGAGUGGCUGAUAUUAUUGUCCAUGAGCAUUGAGAGGGCGCUGGUAACUUAGCUCCCCAUCCUACUUCUCUCACAUCAGAUUUUCUUUAUGAAAUAUAAACUGAGAGCCUCAAAUUAUAUGAAUAGUGUGCUCUGAUCCUUUAUCUUAAACUUUCUUGUUUAUUUUUUGACGGCGGUCAUUUUUAGAAUAUGUUAAAGUCUCUGAUUAGCUAGUCAGUGUAGCGCUAUCAGUAUUAUUGUUUAACUUGAAAUAGUAACUAAAAGAAGAAUCCACGCUUCUGCCUUGCUGAAUUUUAAAUGUGGUAAAGUUUGAAUGCGUGCACAGCGAAUGAAGUGCUUGGAUUAACAAGCUAUCGUGCAUUGAAGUAACUAAGCUGUAUCUUCACACACACUGUCUGAACACUAGUAUAUUGCAAGACACUGAGCUGAUGAAGUGAAGGGUCCUAAAGUCGGGUCAUGAUCAUUUAGUAAUAAUGUAAAUAUUGUAUUUGAGCCUUUCAUUGAUCUUGUCAUGAGAUGAAAAAGAUGUGAAAUGUAUUUUCAGACAGAAUGAACCUGGAUUACAUGAAGGAAGGGUACUGUGAGAUGUUUUUGAAGGGAAUAUUCUAUAAUUGGCAUUGACAUUUUUCAAAAGGGCACAUUAUAAUUCCCCCAGUUUCUGACAAAAAAGGAGCAUAUUUUCAAAGGAUGUGCUGAAAAGGUUGUUUCAGUCAUUGAGUGAAAUGCAAAUGUUUCAUCCUUUUGUGGUAGAAAAUCCAAAAAGCCAACAUUCAACACUAAAAUGUCUCAUCCUGCAGAGUGCAAAGCUGUUUGUCCCCCUUGGAAGAAUGUUCUGUAUGCAUUGUGUGUGUUUCUACAUUAUUUGUGUAUAAUACACUGAUAUCAGCUUUACAGUAUUUUGUGACUUAUCUGUAAAUCUGGACUCCACUGCAGUGAAUUCCAGCAAACCCACAGAGACCACAGAGGCCUUAACUCACCUUAGUUAUACCAGGUUCUAGUCUGUUCAACACAGAGUACAAUGUGAAAUAAACUAUUUCAAUAGCAAACUAUUUAUCUACCUUAUCUACUUGAAUGUUCUUUUUUUGUAUUGUAUGUUUUGCAUUGGUAAUAAAACUUACACAUUCAUGAA